AUGGCUCCUUGGUCACGCGGACAACCCGAAGCUCCUUAUGCCAGCUACGCUGGCCAGUCGCUGCUAUCCGGCAGGCAGAUGGACAUAUGCCCUCCCGAAGUUCGAGAGGAGGCGCCGCCCCCGAUCUGGCAGGGCCCGCUGCAACACAGCGAAGGCAUGUUCAGCACCUUUGUCCAUGGAGCAGAGGCCAGGGUGCCACGCAGCGAAAAGCAGUGCAAGAUCGUUCACUACGACUUCGAUGCUGUUUGCCGCUGGGGCGGGCUUCUGGGCAUCUUCACUCGCGCCAGCAUUUGCCGGAUUUCUUGGUCCAUGACCACCUGCUUGGGCCUGACGCUGAUGCUGGCCCUAACGACAGGAGGGCUGGUGGCCUGGAUCAACGACGAGCGUAAGAUGGAUACGUCCGCCAUGGAGGCCCUCCAGCAGCGAGUCUUGCUCAUGGUGACCUUCAUCCUCGGCUUCUUUGUGCAGCUGAACAUCUCCCGAUGGUGGAACCAUAGGGAGUUCCUCCGGACGUUACAUGGCGCGGUUUUAGACGUGCUGCUGCUGAUGGCCAGCUCGGGGGCGUCGCAGGAGCAGUUGGCUUGCGUGGCGAGGCUGGGCCUUCUGUCUCAAGCUCUCCUCUUUGACGAGUGUCGCGGGACAUUCGACAGCCCUCAGGCGAACGACCCGACUUCGACAGGAGCCUUCGCGGGUCUCGUGCGUUUGGGCCUCUUGCGCGAGCAGGAGAUUCCAUACCUUGCAGGUCGUGCGCAGAAGGCCCAACUGAUCUGGCUCUGGAUCGCCUCCUACGUCCGGGCGUCCUCAAAGGCAGGAUGCUGGAAUGAGAGUGCCAAGGCGAUGAAGAUUCAGAAGAGGUGUUGCAUCGGGCGUUUCGCAGUGUCGGCGAUUCGGACACAGCUGGGAACGCAGCUCCCGUACACAUACGUGCAGCUGAUCUCCCUGAUGGUCCAGUGCAGCCACGCGAUCAUGGGCUUGGGCUGCGGCUACACAGGCGCCGCUGCGUUCGUACUGGGCCACUACGCGCUGCUGGUGGCGCAGAUCGCUCAGACGGUUAUCGUGCCAGCGACCUUCCAGUCCCUGUUGGACGUUUGCGUCUACGUGAGUGACCCGUAUGGCAGCGACGUGAUCGACUUCUCCUUCCUUUCCUACCACGUCGCCUUGGCCAAGACCUGCGAGUCGUUCCUCUCCCCCAUACCCCCCGAUCUCAAGGUGCCGGAGGAGAGCCCAAAGACAACGGCACCCUCCGAGCACUCCUGA